UUAUAUUUACAUAUAUUGUAUUAAAAGAUAAACAAUAAAGAUAAGACUUUUGAUUUCAUAUUGAACACAAUUCAUUUUGUGAAAUGAGUUUUCAGUUUUUACAAAGAAGUGGCACAAUAAAUCUUCGUGUGACAAGUUUAAAUAAACAUCCAGGAAUAAAAUAGGAUUUACAUUUUUCAUCACGACAAAAUGUAUGCAUUGAGUCUUAAAAUGAAAAUCUUUUAAGUUCGACACAUAAACCAAACCAGGACUAUUACCGCUAACAAUUAAUGGGAAAUAAACUUAUUGAAUAAAUGAUAAUGAACGUUAAGGGGGUACAUUAAAGAACUUUGAUUACUUUUGAAGAAGUAUUGUGGGUAAUAAAGGCAUCUUGCGAAUUGCGGUAUUGAUGACGGUCGACAACGCGACCCUGCAUACAAAAAUGGAUAAUAAUAUGAAGAGUGAAAGUGACACAAUGUACGAAAAAUUCCUGCGGUCUACAAGCAACCGCCUGCAGGAUGACUUGCGCACUGAGAUGUCCUCGUACAGUCGAGAUAAGGACCGCCUUGUUCGUAACCUCGCCCAUCUCCACCCCCCUCCCCCGACCCCGUCUACCGCUUCCAUCGCGUCCACACAGUUACCCAUCAGCCCUGAACACUCAAGUAGGAAAUCCAAGUUUUACCGAGCACCGAACAUGGUACGUAGCCUGUAUACGGAAAGUGAAUCCAGCGACUUUUCAGGUUCCUCACGUUCAUUUGAUAUCAGCCCUGAGCAUCGGAGAAAAGACAGGAAAGAUCAUGCUGAGAAAGUCAAGAAAGAACGAGAAAUGCUGAAACUGCCAAUCAUUCAUUCCGCAAGCAUGAAAAGAUCAGAAUGGGAGUCAGGAAAUACUCGGGAUAGUCACAUAAAUGUUUUUCCGUAUAAUGACCCUUUGCCCGGGAUUUCCGCUGCAAAAGCUUUUCUUGCGGACAGCAUGAAAAUUCCGUCAAUUCACGAUCCUCAAAGGACAGACACAGUGUAUAAUCGGCUAUCCAAGAAAGAUCAAAAGAAAGUUACAUUUGCAGAUGAGAAUCAUGGGUCACUGAUAUCAAUAAACCACAUCGAGCCAAGUGAAACUGAAAAAACUAUACGGAAUUCAAAAAACUCUGAAAGAAAAGUUCCAGUUCCAAAACUGAACCUUGCAAAAAAACAGUACAGUCACACAGCAAGGCCAGUGCGCCCCCAAAAAACUUCGCUCUUGCCACCAUUACACAUAAGCGCAAACGAUGUGAGAUCAAACCCACAAAUGGUCACCGAAGGUGUGAACGAGUGGAAAUCUUUGUACAGCUCUAUCAUGAACCCUGAGGAGAAAACGAAGGCCCUGAAUGACAUCAUGAAUGCUGUACGUCUUAAGAAAUAUGAGAAUGAGCAGGCCAUGAAAUAUGGGAAUGGUCCUCGUCCACUUGAAGCUGAAGAAUUAGUGAAGGACUAUCUUGACCUGAAUGCGUCUGGAAAGAUAACGUACAGGGACGAAGCUGGAAAUGCCUACUCUGGUUGUAUGCCUACACCUAGAAGUAGUCCCCGGCUACAGAACGGCUUCCCUAACACGUUUCAGCUACAGAAUUAUCUUCGCCAGAUGUCACGAACGAAGAGAGUUCUUGAGAAAAUUGACGGGCAGGAAUACAACAACCCGCGCUCAGCACAGCCAACUCCCGUCUCUGUCGAGGCUUAGAUGAUAACUUAGUGGUUCUCCACAAGCUCCCACUGGUGAAAUGUUUGUAGGGCUUUCUCAAACUCUAAAUUUUACAUAGCUGGACAUGUUUAAUUCUUUAAAGACUAGAUGUAUGAAUUUGGUAUUGUUGAUCCAAUGGUGUUUAUUGAUGACUGUUUAGAUGUCACCAUUAAAGGGCAUGAACUAUCUUAUAGUGACUGCAUGGUCACACUUAUUAUAUAUUCAAGCAAAUGAUACAUUUCUGUAUGACAUAAUGCAAUGGUCGUAGUGUUCAUGCGAGGCAUUCAUGUGCAAAAAGAAUGAGAGGAUUUCAAUUUCCACAGGAAGUGCUGUUCAUUUGUGUUGAAAAUCACUAAUUAUAGACAAGAAGUUUAUAUUUGUCAUCUGAUCUAAUCAGCAAACAACGAACAAUGUUUUGUAUUUUUGAGAGUGCUAUAUAAUGUGAUGAAAGAAAUGGUGAUUAUUGAUUACGAAAUUUUACAUAACCUAUAAUCAUUCAUUAAUGCUGUUCAUGAAAAUCAUUUUAUGAAUAUCUAGUGUUGCUUUUUCGAUUUCUAUGACACUAGAUGGAAACAGUGGAUUCUUGUUUAUUACAUGUACAAGCAUAAUCUUGUAUGUGGAAGGGAAUCAUAGUUAUUUUAUUUUUUACGUUGUCAU